AUGCUCUCCCGCCCCGCCGCACGUCUCGCCUCUGCGGCCCGGGUAGCCCUCCGCCCCAUGGCGACCACCGCAACCCCAACCCCCUCCCCGUCCUCCUCCUCUUCGACCGCAAUCAGCGCCCCCAUCUCCGAGCCCAAGUUCUCCGCCUCCGUCGUCCACGGCCGCUCCCUCCGCCCCGCCCUCCGCCACGCCCCGACGCACGGCGUGCCCGCCGCCUCCUUCCACCUCCGCGCGCACGACCGCGCGCGCCUCGACGCCUACGUGCACUUCGUCGCGCACGCCGCCGCCGCGCUCGGCGUGCCCCUCGCCGGCGCCGCCGCGCUCCCCACCGCGCGCUCGCUCUGGACCGUCAUCCGCGGCCCGUUCGUGCACAAGAAGAGCCAGGAGAACUUCGAGCGCGUGACGCACAAGCGCGCGCUCAAGGCGUUCGACGCCCACCCGGACGUCGUCGAGGUCCUCGUCCAGUACGUCGAGCGCCACGUCCCGCCCGGCGUCGGCGUCCGGUGCGUGCGCUGGGACCGCGCCCCGGUCGGCGUCGGCGCGCUGGCGCUCGAGGCCGCCGUCGGCGACGUCCGGGCGGUGCCCGCGCGGGAGGUCAAGGCGUUGGGCGAGCGGAUCGUGAGCGAGGAGACGAAGGCGGCGGCGGCGGCGGCGGCGGUGAAGGAGGGCGCGGUCGAGAAGAGCUCGUAG